AUGAUGCAUCCAGAUGAGCCCGAGUCUUCUUCGCCUUCAGUACCAGGGGCCACCGUCUGUCCCACAAUUUAUGUGAACACCACAGAACAACACACGGGUACAUCUGGUAAGAGAAUUUCCUUCUGUGUGCCCUCUUCUUUCCUCCUGAGUAGCAGCGCUGCGCCUCCGGCCGAGGGAGCCUCGUUAUUGCUUCUCAUGCAAUAUGCUGCUAGACUGCCCCAGCCUGGAGUUAGUAGGGGGAGAGGCUACGUAGGGAGUCGUCUCAUUCUGAACGACGAAAGUGCCGCUUUCCAAGACCAACAUGCUGUACAGUCAACAGCAGCCGUGCAAUUAUUUAGCGUGCCGAAGGGCUUUCAGUCGCAAGGCCCGAGAAUACAGGGUUCUGGCAACGACUCCUGGUCUACAAGAGGGCGGGGCAAGUUCUCAGGCGCUCCUGGAGGUUCAGUCAGAGUGGCUAAGGCGACUUCGAAGGGGACCUUUAGUCGAAAUCCCCGAGGGCAUAGAACAAAGGCCAAGUUCCCACACGCUGUAGUAACCAGGGCUUCCGCUCGAAGCAGCCAGGCCCAGGCAUGUGGAGGCGCCGCGGAUAAUAAACAGAUUGCAAGAGAGCGUGGAAGGGAGCAAGGCGGAGAAGUGGACAAGCAGGAACAAUCGGAGGAGACUCAAGCUGCAGAGGGUGCGUCUCCUUCCCCUCCUCUGGAGGCACGGCGGUCUACGUAUUUUAGCAUAUGCCUGAAUGCUUCUCCAGAUGAGCUGACAGUCGUGUCUUAUAACCUGCGGAUGGAGAGUGGCUGCUGCUCCUUGGACGAUAACUGGAAAAGAAGGGAGGCAGCCCUUUCCCGCUUCCUUCUGGCACUUGAAGAUGCUCAUCACCCGGAUGUCAUAAUCUUGCAGGGGGCCUUUGCUGGCUCCACGCAACGACUUCUAAAGACGCUGGUUAGGGAGGAGCCUAUGUUCCCCUUUCAGACAAGAGUGGUGGGCGGAGACGCGGGUUGCUGUAAGGCAGGCAAUGAGGAGGGCGGGUGCUCUUGUGGCAGUUGCUGGUUUUGUCUGCCUUUUCCUACCCGCAAGAAGGCACUGAAGAACGGAAAGGGUUCCCCUGCGGCGUUUGUGAUGAACAAUGGCUGGGACUCUGUUUGUGGCUCAUACUCGCGUCUUCGAGGAAAUGGGGGUCUAGUGGUGAUAUCCAAAUGGCCAGUGCUGCGACGCCAUGCAUUCAUUUUCCCCUCUUCAGCGUAUCCAUACUCUCUUAGCAAUAUGGGGGCUGCCCUGGUCCAGAUAGAGAAGUGUGGGAAGGUUUACAACUUGCUGGCGAUGCAGUUGCAACCAGGUGCCGCCUACAACGACGUGCGGGUGGCUCAGGUGAAAGAAGUAAUGGCUUGGGUCCGCACAGGGAUGGAAGAUGCAGAGAAGGUUGAGUUUGCCUCUUGCGACAUUGAUGGAGCUUUCGACUCAUCCACAGUGGCGAGCACGCGCUCUGAGAGCUCUGUGAUAACCGCAGAGAGGGCCGGCAGCACAGAUGCCUCGACGCAAACUAUGACCGGCCUUCCUGAGCUGGAGUCUAAAUGGACGAGUGCCUCUCCGGGCGGCAAGGAGGUGCACACUAUCUGCCGUGGCAGGGAAGUUGGGCUCCCUAAGGGGAUCCUUAAAGCCACAGAUCCUCUUAUCAUUGGUGGUAACCUGAACUUUAGAUUUGGAGAGGAUCGAGCCGCCCUUGCAGAAGCUCUGGGCCCCGACGGUUUCAACGCAAAUCUGGCUUUGGAAGAUGCUUCCUUCGCGCAGCCCAAUUUCGAUACGGUUGCGAACGAUACUUGUUACGAGAGCCAAGGGUGCCCAAAGGAACCGUCCCAGGAGCUGCUCGAUUACUUGUUGAUACACUCGGAGCACGCGGGGAGGGUGGCGCGUGGACAGCGCACCUUGAUAGAUCCUUCUCCAGAGAAGAUUCUCUUUAGAUCCCUGGCUUUGGGGUGCAUGCCAUGCAGUGCCAUUGAAGUCAGGCAUGUGAGUGACUUCUUUCCGGUCUGUGCAACGUUUGCACAUAAUGCAGAAGGAUGA